AUGCUUCCACACAACGAAAACGGACGGGUCACUCCCCUGUGGCUGGCGGCAAAGCGUGGAUCUAUCAACAUUGUGCGCCAUCUUCUUACCCUUCCAGAUGUUGACUGGAAUUGGGGAAACAGAUUCAAAGAGGGGCCCCUGCACACUGCGAUCCAAUAUGGUCAAAGACAAUUGGCCCACUUGCUUCUAACGCAUGAAGAUGUUCAAGUCAAUGCUGAGAAUAUAGGAGGAUGGACGGCGCUGGUCUUCGCUGUUGCGGAGGGAGAAGAUGGAAUAGUUGAGCGUCUUCUCGCCAUGGAUUCUGUCGACCCAGAUCAUCGAACCACUACAGGCCGGUCGCCGCUCUUCAUUGCGGCGGAUUGGGGUCGAAGCGCAGAGGUCGUCAAGCUUCUGCUCCAUACCGGAAGGGUUGACGUUAAUCUUAUUCCCCCCAAUACCCCCGUGACGCCGCUCAUCGCUGCCAUUGUUGCCAAUCGACCUGAAAUCGUCGAACUUCUUGUUGCGCACCCCGAUAUCGAUGUUAAUCUUGCGCCAGCCGGUAGUGCAUCCCCUAUCGGCAUCGCAGCUGAAGAGGGCAACCCGGAAAUAGUAGAGAUCCUACUUGAACACCCGGAUACUGAUCCCGACAGAAGGGAUGAUUCUAACGAAGUCCCCCUCUUUCGUGCUGCAAACCGGCAACACGAGGACAUUGUUUCCCUGUUACUUGCUGACGACAGAGUAGGACAGGAAAGUCGGCGGCGGUUGGAGUGGCAGCGAGAAAUGAUCCAGUAUGCUUUUGCGGGAGACACUGAAGCUGAUGAAUAUUCAGAGUAG